AUGACAAUCCAACCCCCCAUCCCCAUCACAAUCCUGACCGGCUUCCUCGGCUCCGGCAAAACCACACUCCUCCUCAAUCUCAUUCCCCAAUUACCUUCCACCUACAAGCUCGCUCUACUCAAAAACGAAUUCGGUGACCUCGCAAUCGACUCGCAACUCGCCUCUGAGCAAUCCAUCUCCGGCGUCCGCGAACUUCUGAACGGAUGCAUAUGCUGCAACCUUGUCGGCCAGUUGGGCGACGCAUUGACCCAACUCCGCACAGAAGUCCAACCAGACAGAAUCGUCAUCGAGACCAGCGGAAGCGCAUUCCCAGCCACAUUAGCAAUGGAAGUCAACCGGCUCUCAACCGAGAACGCAGCCACAAAAGGGUUCUUCGUGCUCGAUGGGGUGAUUAGUGUGAUUGACGUCGAGAAUUGGCAAGGGUACGAAGAUACGUCAUAUACGGCGAAGAUGCAGGCAAAAUAUACAGAUUUGAUUGUGUUUAAUAAGUGGGAGCUUGUGGAUGAGAGGAGGUUUGAUGUUUGUUUAGAUAGGUUAGGAGAUUUGGAGCUUGAGGCGCCGACGCCCUGGGUUAAGAGUGAUAAGGGUAGGGUGGAGAUGGAGGUGUUGUUGGGGAUUGAUGGGGCGUUAAUUGCGAAAGGGGGUACCUUGGAUGGCCAUGACCAUCACGAACAUGAGCAUGAGCAUGAGCAUGGGCAUGAUCAUCAGUCGGAGGUGGAGGUUCUGUCGCUGACGCUACCCGCCACACAAGACGACGGCGUAGUAGAUCUCGCCAAGUUUACGUCCUUGCUCAGAUCGUCUUCCAAAGAAGAAGUCUAUCGCAUCAAGGGGACAGUCCGGUGCUCAUCAGACCAAGUCCCUGAAAACUCUGAUCCGACAUUUCUUACUUCAUCCAGCACCACUACUACUUCAGAAUCAAAAACUAGUACGUAUAUUCUCAACUGGGCAUUUGGCAGAUGGACAUUCACGCCCACAUCUACACCUACCGCGGAUGUAGCCAGGUUAACGUUCAUACUUGCGCGGUACGAGUCUGCGAAGUGGAAGAAGAAGCUCGAAACUGGCGCGUAUGUCGCUGUUAAGGGUGCACAAGAUUUUGAGAUCAAGGUGGAGAAAGUGAUCUAG